AUGCAACCUUCCUUGGGAUGGGACAAGCCGGGAUGCAGCUGCAGCUUUGGAAGGAACUGGGGAAAAUUGGGGAUCUUUGCUCUCAUGACGGUGGAAGUGAGCUCCUGGAGCCGUGUGCUGCUGCUCUCCAUGGGGCUGCUGGCUGUCUCGGUGACUGCCCAGAACUGCAGUCACGUUUUGCAGGGUCCAAAUGGGACAAUACAGAGUCCAGGCUUUCCCUAUGGAUAUCCAAAUUAUGCAAACUGCACGUGGACAAUCACUGCUGAGGAGCAGAACAGGAUACAGCUUGUUUUCCAGUCCUUUGCAUUAGAGGAAGAUUUUGACGUGUUAUCUAUCUACGAUGGACUGCCUCAGCAGGGGAAUCUGAGAACAAGGUUAACGGGUUUCCAGCUGCCUUCUCCUAUUGUGAGUACAGGGGUUGUGCUGUCCUUGUGGCUUGUGAGUGAUUAUGCGGUCAGUGCUCAAGGCUUCCAGGCAAACUAUGAAGUUCUACCAAGUCAUACAUGUGGAAAUCCAGGAAGGCUGCAGAAUGGGAUUCAGCAAGGGACAACGUUCAGCAUCGGGGACAAAGUGAGAUACAGCUGUAAUCCAGGCUUCUUUUUGGAAGGACAUGCGUUGCUCACGUGCCAUGCCAAUUCGGAAAACAGUGCCUCCUGGGAUUUUCCUCUACCCUUCUGCAGAGCUGAUGAUGCUUGCGGAGGGACUUUGCGGGGACAAAGCGGAAUUAUCUCAAGCCCUCAUUUUCCUUUGGAGUAUGGCAAUAACGCAGACUGCACGUGGACUAUUCUCGCUGAACCUGGAGACACUAUUGCUCUGGUUUUCAUGGAUUUUCAGCUGGAAGAUGGAUAUGAUGUUUUAGAAGUUGCUGGAACAGAGGGAUCUUCACUCUGGUUUACUGGAAUGAAUUUGCCUGCCCCGGUUAUCAGCAGUAAAAAUUGGCUGCGGCUUCACUUCACAUCAGACGGCAACCACAGGCAGAAGGGGUUCAGUGCCCAAUAUCAAGUCAAAAAGCAAAUGGAACUGAAGUCCAGAGGGGUGAAGCUAAUGCCCAGCAAGGACAAUAACCAGAAGACAUCAGUGUUAACUCAGGUUGGUGUGUCCCAGGGACAUAAUAUGUGUCCAGACCCUGGGAUUCCAGAGAGAGGCAAAAGAAUAGGCAACGAUUUUAGGCUAGGCUCCAGCAUCCAGUUCACCUGUAACGAGGGCUAUGAUUUACAAGGGUCCAAAAGCAUCACCUGUAAGAGAGUGAGCGACAUCAUUGUUGCCUGGAGUGACCACAGACCAGUGUGCAGAGCUAGGAUGUGCGAUAUGUACCUUCGUGGUCCCAGUGGUGUGAUAACUUCUCCCAACUACCCUGUACAAUACGAUAACAAUGCCUACUGUGUGUGGGUCAUCACUGCGCUCAAUCCAGCCAAGGUUAUCAAACUCACCUUUGAAGAAUUUGAACUAGAAAGAGGAUAUGACACUCUGACAGUGGGUGAUGGAGGACAAGUCGGAGACCAGAAAACUGUGCUUUACGUCUUGACAGGCACCACAGUCCCUGAUCUCAUUGUUAGCACACACCACCAGAUGUGGCUCCUCUUCCAGACAGACAGUGUCAGCAACUUGCUGGGGUUCAAAGCAACAUAUGAAGAGAUUGACCAAGGGAGCUGCGGUGAUCCUGGCAUCCCAGCCUACGGCAGGAGAGAAGGAUCCACAUUUCGCCACGGGGACAGUUUGAAGUUUGAGUGCCAGCCUGCCUUUGAGUUGAAGGGACAGAAAACAAUUACCUGCCAAAAGAGUAGCCAGUGGUCUGCUCAGAAACCAGUUUGUGUUUUUUCCUGCUUUUUCAACUUCACCACUCCAUCUGGGAAUGUGCUGUCACCAAAUUACCCUGAAGAAUAUGGAAGCAGCUUGCACUGUGUUUGGUUAAUUAUAGCUAAACCUGAGAGCCGAAUUCACUUGGCUUUCAAUGAUUUUGAUGUGGAGCCUCAGUUUGAUUUCCUAGCCGUGAAGGAUGGUGGGACUGCUGAAUCUCCGGUGCUGGGGACCUUCUCAGGAAACCAGAUCCCCUCCUCUCUGACCAGCAGUGGUCAUGUAGCUAGGCUGGAGUUCCAGACCGACCACUCCAUGGAGAAAAGAGGCUUCAACAUAACCUUCACCACAUUUAGGCAUAACGAAUGCCCUGACCCUGGUGUGCCUGUGAACGGAAAGCGCUUUGGUGACAGCCUCCAGCUUGGCAGCUCUGUGUCCUUCCUUUGCGAUGAGGGCUUCAUUAGGACCCACGGCUCAGAAACCAUCACCUGCAUCUUGAAGGAAGGAAAUGUGGUCUGGAACAAUGCGGUACUCAGAUGCGAAGCACCGUGUGGGGGCCACUUGACGUCGCCCAGCGGAACCAUCCUGUCCCCUGGCUGGCCUGGCUUCUACAAGGACUCCCUGAGCUGCGCGUGGGUCAUAGAGGCCCAGCCGGGCUACCCCAUCAAGAUCACGUUUGACAGAUUUAAGACAGAGGUGAAUUAUGACACCCUGGAAGUGCGAGAUGGCCGGUCCUAUUCUUCCCCGUUGAUAGGUGUCUAUGAUGGGACUCAGGUGCCCCAGUUCCUCAUCAGCACCAGCAACUACCUCUACCUCCUCUUCACCACUGACAAAAGCCACUCUGACAUAGGCUUUCAGAUCCGAUAUGAAACUGUGAAGCUCCAGUCAGACCACUGCUUGGAUCCGGGGAUCCCGGUAAAUGGCCAGCGCCAUGGGAAUGAUUUCUACGUGGGAGCACUGGUGACGUUCAGCUGCGAUUCAGGCUACACCCUGAGUGACAGUGAAGCCCUGGAGUGCGAGCCGAACUUCCAGUGGAGCCGGCCACUGCCCAGCUGUGAGGCUCUGUGUGGAGGUUACAUUCGUGGUUCCAGUGGUACCAUCUUAUCCCCAGGCUUCCCUGAUUUUUAUCCCAAUAACUUGAACUGCACGUGGACAAUAGAAACAUCACAUGGAAAAGGUGUGUUCUUCACCUUUCAUACCUUUCACUUGGAGAAUGGCCACGACUACCUCCUCAUCACUGAAAAUACCAGCUUUGCUCAGCCACUGAAGCAACUGACGGGCUCUCGGCUCCCUGCCCCGCUUAGCGCGGGGCUCUUCGGAAACUUCUCUGCUCAAAUUCGCUUCAUCUCAGACUUCUCCAUGUCCUAUGAGGGUUUCAACAUCACCUUCUCAGAAUAUGAUUUGGAGCCCUGUGAUGAGCCGGAGGUCCCAGCCUACAGCAUCAGAAAGGGCCUGCAGUUCGGAGUGGGAGAUGUCCUUACCUUUUCCUGCUUCCCCGGCUACCGGCUGGAGGGCGCAUCCCGCAUCACCUGCCUCGGGGGGAGACGGCGUGUGUGGAGUUCGCCUCUGCCAAGGUGUGUUGCUGAAUGUGGCUCAUCUGUAACUGGAACUCAAGGUGUUCUGCUGUCCCCCAACUAUCCAAUAAACUAUAACAACAAUCAUGAGUGCAUCUACUCCAUCCAGACCCAGCCAGGAAAGGGGAUCCAGCUGAAAGCCAGGACUUUUGAACUGGAGGCAGGAGAUGUCCUCAAGGUCUACGAUGGCAGCAAUAGCUCUGCUCGCCUGCUGGGCUCCUUUAGCCGCUCUGAAAUGCUCGGCACCAGCAUAAACAGCACUUCCAGCAGCAUGUGGCUUGAGUUUAUCACCAACAGCGAGAACACGAGUAAAGGCUUUGAGCUGCAGUUUUCUAGUUUUGAACUCAUUAAAUGCGAGGACCCUGGCAUCCCACAGUUUGGCUACAAGGUCCGUGAUGAGGGACACUUUGCUGGCAGCUCUGUAUCCUUUAGCUGUGACCCUGGCUAUACCCUGCGAGGCAGCAGGGUGCUGGUCUGCCUGACGGGGGAGCGGAGAGCUUGGGAUCAACCCCUGCCAACCUGUGUAGCUGAGUGUGGGGGUACUAUCAAAGGAGAGUCGUCAGGACGGAUACUGUCUCCUGGCUACCCAACACCCUACGAUCAUAAUCUGAAUUGUAUUUGGACAAUAGAGGCAGAAGCUGGUUGCACGAUAGGGCUCCAUUUCAUGGUUUUCCACACCGAGGAGUUCCACGAUGUGCUGAGGAUCUGGGACGGUCCAGUGGAGAAUGGCAUCCUCCUAAAGGAGAUGAGUGGGUCCGGCUUACCCGGCGACGUCCACAGUACUUUCAACUCUGUCAUCCUUCAGUUCAACACUGAUUUCUUCACAAGCAAGCAGGGCUUUGCUGUUCAGUUUUCAGUUUCUACUGCCACUUCCUGCAAUGACCCAGGAAUUCCCCAGAACGGGAGCCGGAGUGGUGACAGCAAAGAGGCAGGUGACUCCAUCGUCUUCCAGUGUAAUCCAGGAUACGCUCUGCAAGGGGAUGCCAAAAUCACUUGUGUGCAGAUUGAGAACAGAUUUUUCUGGCAACCAGACCCUCCCUCCUGCAUAGCUCCCUGUGGAGGUAUCUUGACAGGACCGACAGGAGUGAUCCUGUCCCCGCAGUACCCGGAGCCCUACCCGCCGGGGAAGGAGUGUGACUGGAAGCUGACCGUCUCUCCUGAUUAUGUCAUUGCCCUGGUAUUUAAUACCUUCAGUUUGGAGCCUGGCUAUGAUUUUCUUCAUAUCUAUGAUGGACCCGAUUCACUCAGCCCCCUGAUCGGAAGCUUUUACGGCUCCCAGCUACCCGAGAGGAUAGAGAGCAGCAGCAACAGCCUCUUCCUUGCUUUCCGAAGCGAUGCAUCAGUCAGCAACACCGGAUUUGUCAUUGACUACACAGAAAAUCCCCGGGAGUCAUGCUUCGAUCCUGGAUCAAUUAAGAAUGGCACACGAGUGGGUACGGAUCUGAAGCUGGGAUCUACAAUUACCUACUACUGUGACGGAGGGUAUGACAUUGAAGGGGUCUCCACGCUGACGUGCGUAAUGGGCGGGGAUGGAAAACCCACGUGGAACAAACCUCGACCUACCUGUACAGCACCCUGUGGCGGUCAGUACACAGGCUCCGACGGCAUCGUCCUCUCUCCAAAUUAUCCCCAGAACUACACCAGCGGACAAGUCUGCCUGUACUUCAUCGUUGUGCCAAAGGACUAUGUGGUCUUUGGGCAGUUCGCCUUCUUCCAGACCGCGCUCAACGACAUCAUCGAAGUCCACGAUGGCCCCAACCAGCACUCCCGGCUCCUCAGCUCCCUCUCGGGCUCUCAUACAGGUGAAUCUUUACCAUUAGCUACCACCAACCAGAUUCUCAUAAAAUUUAGUUCCAAGGGUCAAUCUACGGCCAAAGGUUUUCAUUUUGUCUACCAAGCGGUUCCGCGGACCAGUGCCGCCCAGUGCAGCUCGGUCCCGGAGCCUCGCUACGGCCGGCGGCUGGGCAGCGAUUUCGCGGUGGGGGCGGUGGUGCGGUUCGAGUGCAGCGCUGGCUACAUGCUCCAGGGCUCCCGGAGCAUCGAGUGCCUCACCAUGCCCGGGGCACUGGCUCAGUGGAACGUUUCGGUACCCACCUGUGUGGUGCCAUGUGGUGGAAAUUUGACUGAACGCAAAGGAACCAUCCUGUCCCCUGGCUUCCCUGAGCCAUACCUGAAUAGCCUCAACUGCGUGUGGAAGAUAACAGUCCCCGAAGGAGCAGGAAUACAGAUCCAGGUGAUCAGUUUUGUUACUGAGCAGAACUGGGAUUCCCUGGAAGUGUUCGAUGGAGGAGAUAACACAGCUACCAUGCUGGGAAGUUUCUCUGGAACUACAGUGCCUGCGCUGCUGAACAGCACUUCAAACCAGCUCUAUCUGCAUUUCUAUUCGGAUAUCAGUGUCUCUGCUGCUGGCUUUCACCUGGAAUACAAAACCGUCGGUCUGUCCAGCUGCCCGGAGCCCCCGGUUCCUGGGAACGGCCUGAAGAUCGGCGAGCGCUAUUUAGUGAACGAUGUCGUCUCUUUCCAGUGUGAACCAGGCUACGCCCUUCAGGGCCACUCUCAUAUUUCCUGCAUGCCAGGCACUGUCCGCCGCUGGAACUACCCACCUCCGCUUUGCAUCGCCCAAUGUGGAGGAACCGCAGAAGAGUUGGAAGGAGUGCUCCUGAGCCCAGGGUUCCCAGGAAACUAUCCAAGCAACCUGGACUGCACGUGGAGGAUAUUGCUGCCAGUGGGGUUUGGUGCUCACAUCCAGUUCCUAAACUUCUCCACUGAGCCGAACCACGACUUUGUCGAAAUCCGCAACGGGCCGUACGACACCAGUAACGUCAUCGGGCGGUUCAGCGGCACAGAAAUCCCAGGCUCCCUCCUGUCGACAUCUCAUGAAACCACAGUGUACUUCCACAGCGACCACUCGCAGAACAAGCCAGGCUUCAAGCUGGAAUACCAAGCCUACGAGCUGCAGGAAUGCCCUGACCCUGAACCUUUUGCUAAUGGUGUUGUAAGAGGAGCAGGUUACAAUGUUGGACAGUCCAUCUCUUUUGAGUGUCUGCCUGGCUACCAGCUGAUCGGCCACCCCGUCCUGACCUGUCAGCAUGGCACCAACAGGAACUGGGACCACCCGUUGCCCAGGUGUGAAGUGCCUUGUGGGGGGAACGUCACCACCCAAAAUGGUACAGUUUACUCUCCUGGCUUCCCCAACCAGUACCCCAAUUCCCAGGACUGCACUUGGCUUCUCACAGUGCCGGUGGGAUAUGGAAUCCACCUCAACUUCACCCUGCUGCAAACAGAGCCCUACAACGAUUUCAUCACUGUUUGGGAUGGUCCACAGCAAACAGCCCCACAGCUUGGUGUGUUCACUGGCAACUCUGCUAAGAAAUCAGCCCAAAGCUCUUCCAAUCAGGUCCUGAUGAAAUUCCACAGUGAUGCCGCCAACGGAGGGAUUUUUGCCAUUUAUUUUUACGCCUACCAGCUCUUCAGAUGUCAGCCUCCGACCAUCGUUCCCAACGCAGAAAUCAUCACUGAGAAUGAAGAAUUUAACAUAGGUGACAUAGUGAGGUACAGAUGCCUUCCUGGCUUUACCCUGAUUGGAAAUGAAAUCCUGACCUGCAAAUUAGGCACUCAUCUCCAGUUUGAAGGACCUCCACCCAUGUGUGAAGUGCACUGUCCGAUGAACGAGGUUAUGACGGACUCCACCGGUGUGAUCCUCAGCCAAAGCUUCCUGGGAAGUUACCCUCACUUUCAGACCUGUUCUUGGGUGGUGAAGGUAGAGCCUGGAUAUAACAUCUCCCUCACCAUCGAGUACUUCCUGAGCGAGAAGCAAUAUGAUGAGUUUGAAAUCUUUGACGGUCCCUCUGGCCAAAGUCCACUGCUCCUGUCGCUGAGUGGGAACUACUCUGCCCCUCUGACCGUCACCAGCAGCGGGAACAAAGUCUAUCUCCGUUGGUCCUCUGAUCAUGCCUACAACAGAAAAGGCUUCAAAAUCCGCUACUCUGCUCCUUACUGUAGCCUCCCGCAACCGCCAGCCCAUGGGCUGAUUCUCAGCCAGACGGGUCUGCACCCUGGCAGCACAGUCCGCUUUGGCUGUGACACAGGCUACCGUCUUGUUGGCCACAGCACCACCACCUGCUCCCAGCACCCUCAGGGCUACUUCCACUGGAACGAAGCGAUCCCUCUGUGCCAAGCUCUCUCCUGUGGAGUUCCCAGAGCCCCAAAGAACGGAGUUGUCUUUGGCAAGGAGUAUACAGUGGGUACGAAAGCCAUGUACCAUUGCAACCAGGGCUUCCAGCUGCAGCCCGGGGAGGAACCCAGCACAGAAUGCCUGCAGGCAGGGCAGUGGAGUAACGGCAACCAGCCCCCGCAGUGUGUGGCUGUCACCUGUCCCGAUAUCAACAGCAUUGCAGUUGAGCAUGGCCGGUGGCGGCUGACCUACGAGAUCCAGUACCACUACAACGCCCAGCUAAUGCUCAUCUGUGACCCUGGGUACUACUACACGGGCCAGCGGGUCAUCAAGUGCCAAGCCAACGGGAAGUGGAGCAUAGGCGAACCGAUGCCGACCUGUAAAAUUAUCUCAUGCGGAGACCUGCCGACUCCACCUAACGGGAACAAGAUCGGCACGCUGACCAGCUAUGGGGCCACGGCCAUCUUCUCCUGCAACACCGGCUACACCCUGGUAGGGUCCCGUGUGCGGGAGUGCAUGGCCAACGGACUCUGGAGUGGAGCAGAAGUGAGAUGCCUGGCGGGGCACUGCGGUGUUCCCAGUCCCAUCGUCAAUGGGCAGAUCAACGGGGAGAACUACAACUAUCGUGGCAGCGUGGUUUAUCAGUGCAACCCCGGCUUCCGCCUAAUCGGGAUGUCAGUGCGGAUCUGCCAGCAGGAUCACCACUGGUCUGGGAAGACGCCUGUCUGUGUGCCUAUCACUUGCGGCCACCCUGGCAACCCUGCCAAUGGCUUGACCCAAGGGAGCCAGUUCAAUCUGAAUGAUGUGGCCAAGUUUGCGUGCAACACUGGGUACCGCCUGGAAGGAGCAUCGCAGUCCCAGUGCUUGGCCAACGGACAGUGGAGCAGCACCCUGCCCACCUGCCGCGUUGUAAACUGUACUGACCCUGGGCACCUGGAAAACAGCAUCCGUCAAGUGCAGCCAAGUGGUCCUCACAGAUUCAGCUUUGGAACAACUGUCUCGUAUCAGUGCAGCCAUGGAUAUUACUUAUUGGGUACACAUGUCCUUACCUGUCAGGGGGAUGGCACUUGGGACCGUGCCCUCCCACAGUGUCUUUUGGUCUCUUGUGGCCAUCCCGGCUCCCCACCCCACGCUCAGAUCUUGGGUGACAAGUACACCGUUGGCUCCGUGGUCCGGUACAGCUGCCUCGGGAAGCAGACUCUGAUAGGCAACUCCACUCGCAUGUGCCAGCUCGACGGGCGCUGGAGCGGCUCCCUGCCGCACUGCUCAGGAGGCAGCCAGGGCCUGUGUGGUGACCCGGGGAUCCCCUCUCAUGGCAUUGGGCUGGGAGAUGACUUUGAUGUAGGCAGCGUGGUCCGAUUCAGCUGCGAGCCCGGUUACAUGCUCCGGGGUUCAUCCGAGAGGACCUGCCAAGCCAACAGCUCCUGGAGCGGCACGCAGCCAGAGUGUGAAGUUAUAUCCUGUGGAAACCCAGGAACCCCCAGCAACGCGAGGGUUAUAUUUAACGAUGGCUUGAUUUUCUCCAGUUCCAUUAUAUACCAGUGCCGGGAAGGCUAUUACUCCACAGGAGUGCUGAGCAGGCACUGCACGGUGAACGGGACGUGGACUGGGACCAGUCCAGAGUGCACAGUGAUCAACUGUGGUGACCCUGGUGUGCCAGCCAACGGCAUUAGACUGGGCAGUGAUUUUACCUACAAUAAAACAGUGGUGUUCCAGUGCACGCCUGGGUAUAUGAUGGAGUCAGACAGGGCAUCUUCUCUAACCUGCACGAAAGACCGAACCUGGAAUGGCACCAAACCUGCCUGCAAGGCUAUCAUCUGUAAAUCCCCACAAGCCAUCCCCAAUGGGAAAAUCGUGGGCUCAGAUUUCAGCUGGGGCUCCAGCGUGAGCUAUGCCUGCCUGGAGGGGUAUCAGCUCUCCCUGCCCGCUGUGCUGACCUGCGAGGGGAACGGGACUUGGAGUGGGGAAAUGCCCCAGUGCUUCCCUGUGUUCUGCGGUGAUCCGGGGAUACCUGCUCAAGGCAGGAGGGAGGACAGAGGCUUCACGUACCGCUCUUCCGUCUCCUUCUCCUGCUUAGCCCCGCUCGUGCUGGUGGGAUCAGCCCGGCGGUUCUGUCAGUCCGACGGGACGUGGAGCGGGACCCAGCCCAGCUGCAUAGACCCCAGCCUCACGACGUGCGCGGACCCCGGCGUGCCUCUCUUUGGGAUGCAGAAUAACUCCCAGGGCUACCAGGUGGGAAGCAUCAUCUUUUUCAAGUGCCAGAAGGGAUACCUGCUGCAGGGCUCCACCACCAGGACCUGCCUCCCCAACCUGACGUGGAGCGGCGUACAGGCAGACUGCGUCCCUCACCACUGUAAGCAGCCGGAGACCCCCUCCCACGCCAACGUCGGUGCUCUGGAUUUGCCAUCUCUGGGCUACACCUUGAUCUAUUCCUGUCAGAGUGGGUACUAUCUCACCGGAGGAUCUGAGCAUCGAACCUGCAAAGCAGAUGGCAGCUGGACAGGAAAACCACCUAUUUGCCUCGCCGAUGUCCGCCCCAGCGGAAGGCCGGUUGGCACCGCACGGGACCCACCGCUCGCCAAGGUGUCAGUGCCUGCUGAUGUGUUUGCAAGGAAUUCCCUUUGGAAAGGCUCCUACGAAUACAUGGGGAAAAAGCAGCCUGCGAUGCUGUCUGUCACUAGCUUCGACCCUGCCACCAGUAAAGUCAAUGCCACUCUGAUAGACCACAGCGGCGUGGAGCUCCAGGUGUCUGGCAUUUACAAGAAAGAAGAUGUGCACCUGCUUCUCCAGGUUUACCAGAUAACGGGGCCAGUGGAGAUCUUUGUCAACAAGUUCAAAAAUGAUAAGUGGGCUCUAGAUGGACAUGUCUCAUCAGAGUCGUCAAGUGGCACGUUUGUGUACCAGGGCUUUGUGCGUGGCAAAGGCUUCGGGCAGUUUGGCCUUCAGAGACUCGACAUCAGCAUGAUGGAAAAUGAUCCAGAAUCAAUAGGACACCAUUUUGCAUCAAACAGCAGUUCUGUGGCAGCUGCCAUUCUUGUGCCUUUCAUAGCCCUGAUUAUUGCAGGGUUUGUGCUUUAUCUCUACAAACACAGGAGAAGACCAAAAGUCCCAUUCAAUGGCUACGCAGGCCAUGAAAACACCAACGUCCGAGCAACGUUUGAGAAUCCUAUGUAUGACCGAAACCUGCAGCCCACGGACAUCAUGGCCAACGAGACGGAGUUCACAGUCAGCACCGUGUGCACAGCUGUAUAGCACCCGUCCCCGCUGCGAUUCCACCGGGGUCGGUGUCUAGUGGAUGAUUGUGUUUCGCCUCACUAGUCUUCAUCCAUUCC